CUCCCCGUCUGCGCUAUAUAACAUCGUCUCUUUCCUCUUUCUUUCUUCAUCUUUCCCAUCCCCAGCAUGCCCCACCACUUUGCCACCCGCGCCAUACAUGUCGGGAGCGACCCCGACCCCGCUACCGGGGCAGUCGUUCCCACUCUCAGCGUGGCCACCACCUUCAAGCAGGACGGCAUCAACAAACUGCGAGGACAGGGAUUCGACUAUUCUCGUAGCGGAAACCCCACCCGCGCUGCCCUCGAAGAGCUCUUGACGUCCCUCGAGACUGCCCCAGCCUCCAAGACCAGUCCCGACGCCCGUCAAGAUGCCUCGGGGGGCGACUCUUUUGUCUUUUCCUCGGGAUCAGCUGCCACUGCUGCUAUAGGCAUAUGGGCUUCGCUGAGCAAGGCAGAGGGAGGUGCAGGAGGGUCCGAUGGGAACGGCGGCGGCGGUCAUGUGUUGGCCGUGAACGAUGUGUAUGGUGGAACUGCAAGGUUCUUUUCCAGGGCCGCUGGGCCGACGAAGCUGGAAGUAACAUAUCUCGACAUGAUUGAAGCUGGAGAGGCGGGCAUCCGAGCUGCCAUCAGGCCCGACACCAGGCUCGUGUGGCUCGAAGUCCCAACCAAUCCUACCCUGCUCAUCCACCCGCUUCCUCUCGUCUCGCGCAUUGUCAAGAGUCUGCCCGUCGAGACUCGACCACUCAUCAUUGUCGACACUACUUUUCUCUCCGCGUUCAAUUUUACGCCCCUCGUCGCAGACUCGCCUGACGAAGAGCCGUUGGCGGAUAUCGCCUACUCUUCCUUGUCCAAGUAUGCCUCUGGACACUCUGACAUCAUCCUCGGCUCUGUCACUGUCUCUCCUCAGACAGCCAAGAUCCGACCCGAGCUCAUCAAGUCGUUACGUUUCAUCCAAAACUCGUUCGGUGCUUGUCCCUCGCCGCAUGACUGCCACUUGUUGAUCCGGAGCUUGAAGACGCUGGACGCAAGGAUGAUCAAGCAUGGACUGAAUGUCUUGCGCAUCGCAUCGUACCUGUCUAAACACCCCCAGGUGGAGAAUGUCAAGUAUCCGGGUUUCAAGGAGGACAUUGGGUUUGCCGACAUUCAGAAGCUUUUGUCUGCCAACCUCAAGAGGCAGCUCGAGUUCCUCGGGUGGUCUCUCCCUUGGUCGGACCCCUCCGAGAAGGAGAUCGAGGGACUGAAUCCAGAAUCUCUUGCAUACGUAAGGACGCUGGGCAUCCCAUUCGGCGGUGUCGUAACGUUUACUCUCAAGAACGGCAGUCUUGAAACCGCCGAGACGUUUUGCACCUCUCUCAAGAUUGUGACGCUAGCUGAAAGCUUGGGAGGUGUGGAGAGUCUUAUUGAAGUGCCCUCGGGGAUGACUCAUGCUUCACUUCCCCAAGCGACCCUCGACAAGCUGGGUAUCACGCCUAGCCUCGUGCGCUUCUCUGUAGGCAUUGAAGACUAUGAUGACUUGGUGGAGGACUUGGAGGCUGCCUUUGCUGCGGUCAAGGGCUAGGUUGUAAAGUGUGCCAUGAUAGACCUGUAUAUAUGUGUAUGAAAUUGAAUGACUCUGAGCUUGUGUGAGGCUGAAGUGUUGUUGGCUAGCAGGGUGAAAGUGACUGACAGAGUGCAGGGCAGGAUGACUGAGAACUAGCCUAGCAUUCAUCGCGUUUGAGCCGCGCGGACUAUUGGAUUAUCUGAUUGCUGGUUUCCGAAGUCAUCUUUGUAUCGAAAGAUGGUGUAGGUUCACUUCGCACAGAGGAGGGAAAGAAUCACGUCCGUAUGCAUUGAAAAUGGUCA